AUGCAUCUGCCAUGGCUCACGGCGGCCCUUAUGGCCGUUGGCCUGUUGGCCGAGGGAGCCUCAGCGAGGUCGCGGACCGGACUCAGACUGCCUUCCAGCCCUACCUACAGCAGCUUUGAGACCUGCCCGGAGCGCUGCAGUGUCUCCGGUCCCAAUAUCGGAAAUUGGUCGGUCUACCCCGAUUUCAAGCAGAUGCAGAAAUGCAAGCAGACCAUGUUCUACCGCUUCUCCCUCAAUGACCCCAUUGACAACAAGACGGCUAAUCACCGCAUCCAUGCCUGCUCUUCGUACGGCCCUGACUUCUCUACGAUACCCGCAUCGACCGCCCGAGUUGCCUCCUCAGAGUCCGUCGAUGUUGACUUUGAGAUUGGAUGGUGGCAAGAGGGCUUUGGCCGAGCCACCGCCGGCCUUCGUUCUCUCAUCAAGCAAAUGCGCAAGUACGUGGAUCACGGACACGGCGAGACAGACGAACCCUUCAUCAUGUUUGGUCAGUCUGGUCAAGCCACGAUCGGUCUCUACAUUGGCCAAGGUCUGCUGAACCAAGGCAUUGGCGAGUCUGCCCUCAAGAGUCUCCACGACACGCUCCCUACCCUCAAUGUGUCGACACCAAGCCUGGCCAUGCAACUUUGCGGGCCGGAAUACGACAGCACUCACAUCUUUGGCAUCAUGCUCCUCAGCAACGGUUCCUUUGGCCCUAUUCAAGACGCCGUCAAGACCUGGGGUAACGCCACCUGCCUGUCCUUUGAGGAUUCCGUCAGCAUUGGUGGCCAAGCCAAGUUCACCACGCCGCUUCUGCCCACGAACGGCACUUUGCCCACAAAUAGUACCACCAACUUGACCAAAAAGACCAAGCGGGUUCAUGGCAGUGCCCACAGCCACCUCCAUGCUCGCGCAGACUGUAGAACCGUCCAAGUCGAUUCUGGCGAUAGCUGCGCGGCGCUGGCGACCAAGUGCGGCAUCACGGCCGCCGAGUUCACCAAGAUCAACUCGGCGUCGGACUUUUGCGCCACGCUGAGGCCAAAACAGCACGUCUGCUGCUCCAGCGGCACCAUGCCCGACUUCAGCCCCGGCAAGAACUCGGACGGCUCGUGCCACUCGUAUCAAGUCAAGGCGAACGACAACUGCGACGACCUUGCCGCCCAGUACAGCCUCACGAGGCAGAAGCUCGAGGACUUUAACAAGAAGACGUGGGGAUGGAACGGCUGCCAGCUCCUCUUCACCGACACCAUCAUGUGCCUCAGCGACGGGACGCCGCCGUUCCCCGCCGAGAUCGCCAACGCGGUGUGCGGUCCUCAGAAACCGGGCACCACACCGCCGACGGAUGGGUCAGAUAUCGCCGAGCUCAACCCCUGCCCUUUGAAUGCCUGCUGCAAUAUCUGGGGCCAGUGUGGCAUCACCAAGGACUUCUGCGUCGACACCAACACGGGAGCUCCGGGAACCGCUGAACCGGGUACCUACGGCUGCAUUUCCAACUGCGGGACCGACGUGGUCAAGGGCGACGGCACCGGCAGCAUCCGCAUCGGCUACUUUGAAGGCUACGGCCUGGGACGCGAGUGUCUCUUCCAGGAUGCUAUGCAGAUCGACACGUCGGCGUUCACGCACGUCCACUUUGCUUUUGGUACCCUGACGGACGACUACGAGGUCGAGGUUGGCGAUAGCCUGUCUUCCUAUCAGUUUGAGCAGUUCAAGCGCAUCAGCGGGCCGAAAAAGAUUUUGUCGUUUGGCGGCUGGGACUUUUCGACCUUGCCUGCCACCUACCACAUCUUCCGCGAGGGUGUGACGCCCGCCAACCGCCUCAAGAUGGCGACCAACGUUGCCAACUACAUCAAGAAGCACAACCUGGACGGCGUCGAUAUCGACUGGGAGUAUCCCGGGGCGCCUGAUAUCCCCGGUAUCCCGCCAGCCAGUAAAGAUGAUGGUCAAAAUUACCUAGCCUUCCUCGUGCUCCUGAAGAACCUUUUGCCCGGCAAAACCGUCUCCAUCGCGGCGCCCUCCUCCUACUGGUACCUGAAGCAGUACCCCAUCAACGCCAUCGGCAAGGUCAUAGACUACAUUGUCUACAUGACGUACGAUCUCCACGGCCAGUGGGACGCCGACAACGCCAACUCGCAGGAAGGGUGCGACACGGGCAACUGCCUGCGCAGCCAGGUGAACCUGACCGAGACCAAACAGUCCCUGGCCAUGAUCACCAAAGCCGGCGUGCCGGGGAAGAAGGUCGUCGUGGGCGUCACCAGCUACGGGCGAUCCUUCAAGAUGGCGGACCCGAGCUGCUGGGGCCCGGACUGCCUGUACACGGGCGACCGCCUCAACUCGCAAGCGGCCAAGGGCGUUUGCACGGGAACCGCGGGGUACAUUGCCGACGCCGAGAUCGCCGAGAUCAUGAGCGACAAGCGUCGUGCCGGCCGCGUGGUCACGAGCUUCCUCGACGCGAGCAGCAACAGCGACGUGCUCGUCUACGACGACGGCGAGUACGUCGCCUACAUGAGCGCCAGCACGAAGAAGACGCGCGCGGCGCUCUACAAGGCCUGGGGUAUGGCCGGCACCACGGACUGGGCGACGGAUCUGCAAACGUACCACGACGUGCCCGCGCCCGCCAAGGACUGGGCCCAGUUCAAGCAGCUCGCGGCGAGCGGUCAGGAUCCCAAGUCGGACUUUACGCGCAACGGCAACUGGACAGACUUUGACUGCACAAACAUUUACGCGACGGACCAGCUGCACCGCGACGUCGAGGAGCUCUGGGAGGGGCUGGGCGCGGACGCGGCGUGGGAGGACGCCGUGAGGAUCUGGCAGGACACGGAUAGCGGCUACGGGGAUACCUCGUUCAUCGGCUCGGUGCACGCCACGCUCAAGAUCGAGGCGGGCGCGUCGGACUGCGGGAGCGUGCUGGGCGUCGACUGCAACACGGACGGCUGCUCCAAGGGCAUGGACGGGCCGUACUCGGGGCCGGCGGCGCAGCUGGUCUGGAACUCGUUGGUGAUGAUCCGCAACAUUCACUCCACGUACCACGACUCUCUCUACAAGUCCGCCUCGAGCUUCCUCGCGGCGCUCAAGGACAUGGAGAGCACCUUUGCGCCGAUCCCCCCCGAAGAGGACAACACGUGGCUCCUGCUCCUCAUCGAUCUCAUCACCCUUGGAACCCUCUCCGCCGCCGGUCCCUUCUUCAACACGUUCCUCAAGUCGCUGCCAAAGUUUGCCAAGUCCCUGGAUAACCUCAAGGACACCAGCAUGACCCUGAUUGGACAGAGCACGACCAUCGCCAAAGACCUGCUGCCCUCCCAGGGCGAGCCGGACUGGACGCCGGCGAAGCAAGACAAGUUCUCCAACUACAUGGGCCAGGUCAUUGACGGCUGGGCCAACGUCACCUCCCUCGCCCUCGACAAGGUCUUUGACGGCUCCUCCGAGUCGGUCGGCCUGCUCGGCAAGGCCAUUGCCGACGGGAAACUGUACCCCAAGGAGGUCAAGACGGACGUUGACGCCAACACGCUGCUGCAAAACAUUAGAAAGUCAUUCUUCGGCUACGCCAUCCCCGCCAUCUGGCACGCAUCGAGCGCGUGGGCGUUCGUCAUCGACUCGGGCUACGACUGCGACGCGUCGAACCCGCUCGACGACUACCUCAGCGACGAGACCAUGAAGGCCACGGGCGCCUGCUACAACGGCAAGCUGUACUACCUCGCCAGCCCGGACGGCCAGGCCUACACCUGCUUCGACGGCGGGUGCCUGGACAACAAGUUCUCCGCGCCCAAGGGCGUCGGCUCGCUGGGCGACUCCUUUGGCGGCAUCACCAAGGAGGACCUGAUUGCGGGCGCGGUGCGGACGUACCAGGCCAACGGCGGCAAGAACGGCGGCGGCUUCGCCAACACGGACGACGAGGGCGUGCAGGACGACUUGCUCGACGUGGACGUCACGACGCCGGGCGUCAUCCGCAUCCCCGUGUGCAGUCCCGAGCGCGCGUUCCAGUCAUGGGAGACGUCGACCAAGGGGUCCAGCGACAACUACCCCUGCGACGUGCCGCCGGGCAAGGACUACUGCGGCGCGUCGUCGUUUGAGGACCAGACGAGCGGCGCGUCGCCGAGCGCCGACGACUGUCGGCAAAUCAUCAAGAACAUUGAGGGCGACGGCAGCACCGACUGGACGAUUCAGGUCGUCGGCAAGAACCAGCGCGAGAUUGUAAAGUUUGGCGGGUGUGCUUUUGGCGUGGAGGCGACCAAGGUCAAUGGCAACGUCGACUUUACCGUCGGUGGGCAGGAUGUGAUUGACAUAAUCAACACGGCGAUUGAAAAGUUUGAGAAUAGCGACGGAAAAGUGGGAGCCAAGGGGGAGAUGGACUGCAACGGGAACAUUCACCAGCAGGCUGUUAAAUGGGGUAUUUACUAA